UACUCUAUUUUUAAACCGCUCUUUCCACACCCUUCUUCUCCCAUUGCGAACUUUCUAGAAAAAGACUCCAUCGCCUCCGCACUCGCACCUCCAGUGUGUGUGGUUCUUCGUGUUCUUCAGAUUUCAUCUGUAGAUUGAAUUCGAGAUACGGAAAGUUGUUGCCUAUAAUCGCAGAUUUUGAAGCGAAGCUGUGAUAGAUAACCGUUGGAGUUGUGGAAUUUUUUGCUGUGAAGGGUUUGAAUAUUCAUAAAUCGAUCGCGUGUUCAUCUGAGAUGAGCGGCGACGGCAGCGCGGGGAGCGGCGGAGGAGAGUCGCAGAGGUCGGUUCCGACGCCGUUUCUGACGAAAACGUAUCAGCUGGUGGACGAUCCGAGCUUCAACGAUUUGAUCUCGUGGAAUGAAGAUGGAACGACCUUCAUCGUGUGGCGGCCGGCUGAAUUCGCGAGGGAUUUGCUGCCGAGAUAUUUCAAACACAACAAUUUCUCCAGUUUUGUUCGUCAGCUCAACACCUACGGAUUCCGGAAAAUCGUUCCCGAUCGGUGGGAAUUCGCGAACGAUUGCUUCAGGAGAGGCGAAAAGGCGCUGCUCAGAGACAUCCAACGCCGUAAAAUUUCGGUUGCGAACGCCGCGGCGGCGACUACGGCGGUGCCUGCGGCGGUAGCGAUUCAGAUCUCCCCUGCGACCUCCGGCGACGAGCAGGUCCUCUCGUCGAACUCUUCCCCGGCGGCGGCGACGACUCCGCCGCCGCGGCAGUGCACAUCGACGCCGGAGAUGAUGGAGGAGAACGAGAGAUUGAGGAGAGAGAAUUCGCAGCUGAGGCAGGAGCUGAGCCGAUUGAGGGGAAUGUGCAGCAGCAUUUACAGUCUGAUGUCGAGCUACGGAUCUAAUCCGGUGGAGGCGCUGGCGCUGAUGCCGGAGGCGCGGGCGGCGGCGGCGGCGUGCAGCAGCGCGGAGGAGGAGGACGACGACGACGAGGUGUUGGAGGAGAUGUGCCCGAGGCUGUUCGGGGUGUCGAUCGGGGUGAAGCGGUACAAGAGAAGCGGCGGCGGAGGAGAUCGGACGGCGGCGCGUGGGGAGGACGUGAAAUCGGAGCCGUCGGAUGGGGGGAGCAGCGAGGAGCGCGAUCCCAGGGGUAGAAUCGUCAAUUACUGUUGAUAGUGGCUAUACGUGUUAGCUCGAAAACAUUGUACUGAUAGAAUGGGCCAUGGUUUUGAUGUUGACCGUUUCGGUGAUGAGUUGGCCCGGCCCGGAUCGACGCGGCCCGAUUGGAUGGCUAUGUGUUUGGUCAUAGAGUUUGAUGAUGAUGUAAUAUAGUGGGGUUUUGAUUA